CAAAAAUAUUCAAAUAAUCAUUAUUUUUAAUUUUCAAAUAAAUGCUAGAACCUUCUAAAGAGUUUUAAGAAAAAGCAAAAGGAAGAUAAAAAUUUUAGCAUUAAGGAAGAACGAUUUAUGAAUGGGAUUAAACAUUAGAUGAUAUUAAUAUAUACAUAGAGCCGCCAAAGGCUGUUUUAAAAAAGUAUGAAGAUUAAGUGAGAUAAUAAUUGAAACCUGGAGAGUAAAUGCCAAAAUUAGAAAUAUAAAUAAAGGCUGAUCACAUAAAGAUUGGAAUAAAGGGGAAUCCAGCAUUUAUUGAUGAACCAUUAGUGAAAUAAUGUGAUUCAAGUGAAUCAUACUGGUUAAUAGAAGAUGAAGAACUUCAUAUAAUAUUAUAGAAGGCAUACAAAGGGGAACUAUGGCCAAGUGUGUUUGUAGGACAUGGAAAGGUAGAUCCAUUAACAGAGUAGGAAUUGUAAAAGAAGAUGCUUUUAGAGAGAUUUUAAGAAGAGCAUCCAGGAUUUGAUUUUUCAGGAGCAUAAGUAAAUGGAAUGGUACCGGAUGCUCGAUCGUUUAUGGGAGGGAUAAAACAUAAUUGAA